AUUGUUCCUUUCCUUGACUUUUUCCAUAAGAUCAAAUCCAGCAGGGAUCAAGCUUUGGCUGAACGUUGUCUUGCUGCACUAACUGAAUGUGCUGCUAGUGGAGAUGGCAAUAUCCUGGCUCUUGCAGUGGAUGCAUCUCGUGCAAGAUGUACAGUGGGAGAAAUCACAGAUGCCCUGAAAAAGGUAUUUGGCGAACAUAAAGCUAAUGACCGAAUGGUGAGUGGAGCAUAUCGCCAGGAAUUUGGAGAGAGUAAAGAGAUAACAUCUGCUAUCAAGAGGGUUCAUAAAUUCAUGGAACGUGAAGGUCGCCGACCUCGUCUUCUUGUAGCAAAAAUGGGACAAGAUGGCCAUGACAGAGGAGCAAAAGUUAUUGCUACAGGAUUUGCUGAUCUUGGUUUCGACGUGGACAUAGGCCCUCUUUUCCAGACUCCUCGUGAAGUGGCCCAGCAGGCUGUGGAUGCAGAUGUGCAUGCUGUGGGCGUAAGCACCCUUGCUGCUGGUCAUAAAACCCUAGUUCCUGAGCUCAUCAAAGAACUUAACUCCCUUGGACGGCCAGAUAUUCUUGUUAUGUGUGGAGGGGUAAUACCACCUCAGGAUUAUGAAUUUCUCUUUGAAGUUGGUGUUUCCAAUGUAUUUGGUCCUGGUACUCGAAUUCCAAAGGCUGCCGUUGAAGUGCUUGAUGAUAUUGAGAAGUGUUUGGAAAAGAAGCAGCAAUCUGUAUAAUAUCCUCUUUUGGUUUUAGCUUUUUUCUAAAAUAUUAUUUUAAUUAUGAUCAAAGAAGAGAGUAAAGCUGUGUCUUCAAUUUAAUUUCAAUACCUGAUUUGUACUUUCCUUGAAAGCUUUACUUUAAAAUACCUUGCUUAUAAGCCUGGUAUCAUGCUAAAAGUAUGUACAUACAGUUUCACUUCAAAAAUUAAAAAAAUAAUUCCUAAAAACUCUCUGUAAUAAUACUUUAUCAAGAACUCUAGACAAAGGUAUUAUUUUUAAAAAUCAUGGUGAUGUAUUUAUUAGAAUGUUUCUUAUAAAUCUGUUUACUUUUUAUAUUAAAGAAUUAAACUGUACCUAAAAAAACUCUGACCAGCCCCAUUUGUCAAUUUAGCGUUACAUUGUCUUGAGCACCAGAAAAUAAAAUCUAUAUAUUAAUAAACACCUAUCUUGAAAAAAUAGCAGAGUGAAAUUACAUGGGGAAAGAGAUUUUGGGUGAUGUCCUCAGCCAGAUUCUUCCAGAAUCACCUUGAUAAACGAAGUAUUGAAAUCAAGCACGGCAGGUUGGAAUAUAGGGAAAUUGACAGCAUAUUUCUUCAAGUGUGAUUUUACUUUCUUCCUGAGCAUGGCCAUCUGACCUUGUUAUUUCUGGGCUUGGCUCUAGACCCAGGAGAGUGGAUGUUUAUGAGCAUUCCUUUAAAUGAAAGUGCUUAGUUUGUAGCUAUGGCUUUGUCUAGAAUAGUGAUAUCAACUGUGAGUGUAGGUCUAUCACAUAGAAAUAUUUUAACUUUCCAGAUCUAGAAGGAUGCUACCUUGCAUAGAUUUGCUCAUUAAACAUAAAUUGCAAAAAUAAAAGUAGCACAAAGAACACCUGUACUUUGCCUAUUGAAAGAUUUGCUCACUAAAGAAGGAAAGUUGUCAUUUACCUAUAUAACAAAUCUGCACAUGUUCCCCAGAAUGUAAAAUAAAAAAUAAAAAUCUUAAAGAAAGUUAUCCUUUAUUGUUAACAUGAUCCAUUAUAUGAAUAUAAAAUGAACAAUUAUGUUUUGUAAUAAAUUUCUAUUGUAUUAGAUCAGAGAGCAAUCUUUGGGAAAGUAUUAUAAGAUAAAUAUAUUACUAUAGAAUUUACAAACUCACUGUAAUACAAUGUAUAUGGUUUUCAGAAUAUAAUUAUCUGAAUGAUAUUGUCAUGAUUAUUGUUCCCAUUUUACAGAUGAACACUCUGACCUCAAGUCCAAUAAUAUAUUGACUAUGUCAUUUUAUUGACUUUUCCUUGUAAAGAAAUGCAUACUAAUUUAAUAAGUAUUUGUUUUCUGUGCUGGGUUCAGUUGUGUGCUGGACGACAUGUGAAAUAAACUCAUCCUUAAAGAGUUUA